AUGGAGACUGAUGUAGGUAUGUUAAACAAUGACUAUUCCAGUUUUUUCAAACAGAUGAUUGAAGGAUGGCAACGUGAAGCAGACGAGAAAUACCCUAUUUGGCCAAACACCAACAACGAAGGUCAUGUCGACUUUUCUUCUUUCUGUGAAAGCCGAGCCCAAGCUGAUCUCGACAGAUCCUUUUUCCUACAAGGGAAAGCUCAAGCUUAUGCUGGGCAAUGGAAUAAGUGGAAGCCAUAUCGUAAACUGGUUAAAAAGAUAGAUGUGUUGUGGCCAAACCAAGUUGAUACUUGUCCUCAAAUUGAAGCUACAAAUCUCCUCACCUACAUGAUGCGUAGCCUGAGUCGUCGUCGUCCUUUUAUUUAA